CCCCUCCUGCCUCUCUCAGCUUGCUCAGGAAACCAGGCUAGACGGUGAGCAGCACCAGCACUAUCAGUGGCAGCUGUCGUCCCACUUCUCAGACGUGAGCCGCCUUCCAGAGAGGGAGGACUUCCAUCGAGCCCAAGGCUUUGACAGGAAUUUUUCAUUACACAGUUGUUAGACAGGGGGGUGGUGGGGGCUGAUGUCAUUAGCUGGGGUGUGUGAGUGCAUCAGCAGCCAUGUCACAUGCUGCUAGGUGGGUCAGUGAUGCGGACGGAGAUGCAUGGCAGUUGCACCAGGCACAGAGGCAGCAGGUUAGCCGGGUAGUGAGGUGAGUCGGAGUUGGCUGCAGUGGGCAGCAGGAGGAUGCUGUUUCCCAACUGUGGAGGUAUUCCCAGCCCCCAGGACAUGCCUUCAUCACGGGGCUCUUCGGACGUCUCGGACCUGGGCCUUGGCCUCCAGUCUCUCCGUCUGUCUGGAUGGGACAGACCAUGGAGCAGCCAAGAGUCUGACACGCAUACCCCCCUGUCCCAGGUUCAGACUAACUCGUCCUCCAUGCUGGGUUUGCUGAACAGUCCCUUCAGUAGCAUCCUUGGUAAACCCCCUGGGUGUUUGCCCCACGACUCCAUGAGCAUGACUGCUGACUUCCUGGAGAAAUUUCCAGGCAUGGCUCGGAUGGCUAACAGACUAGACUCCAGCUCUUUUUUGGACUCUCGCUCCAGCAGUCCUCAGGACUCCGAGACCAGCGGCAUCAGCUCUGGCUCGGACCACAUCUGUGAUAUGCUGUCCACCCUGCGGAUUUCCCCUCCCCUGCCAUACCUGUCCAACAUGCAGAAGGACUUGCUGAGGCUGGGCUCCCGUCUUGACCCCCAGAAUUCUAGCACUCCGUUGACCCCGCCAUCCAGCUCCAUCCUUGCCUCCUCAACCAUUUCCCGCCGCUGGCGCUCUGGCUCUUCGUGGCCGGGUUCGGAGCUACUGGACCAGUCGGACGAUGCGUUCAGCAUUGAGAGAGAGGCCCGGCUGCACAGACAGGCUGCGGCUGUGAAUGAGGCCUCAUUCACUUGGAGUGGACAGCUGCCUCCCAGAAACAACAAGGAUCCCAUUUACUCCUGCAAGGUCUUUCUAGGUGGUGUGCCCUGGGACAUCACAGAAGCUGGUCUGAUCAACACCUUCAGUGGCUAUGGCCCUCUGACUGUUGAGUGGCCAGGUAAGGAUGGGAAGCACCCCCGCUGCCCUCCUAAAGGUAAUGUGGCUAAAGGCUAUGUUUACCUGGUGUUUGAGAAUGAGAAGUCUGUGCGGGCUUUGCUUCAGGCAUGCUCCCAGGAUCCUUUUCACCCAGAGGACAACAGGGAAUACUACUUCAAGAUGUCCAGCCGAAGAAUGCGAUGCAAGGAUGUGCAGGUGAUACCCUGGGUGAUCUCUGACAGUAACUAUGUGCGCUGCCCUGCCCAGCGUCUGGACCCUAGUAAGACUGUGUUUGUUGGUGCACUGCAUGGCAUGUUGAAUGCCGAGGCGUUGGCCAGCAUCAUGAAUGACCUGUUCGGAGGAGUCAUGUAUGCUGGCAUUGACACGGAUAAGCACAAGUAUCCCAUAGGCUCCGGACGUGUCACCUUCAACAAUCAACGCAGUUAUCUGAAGGCUGUGUGUGCUGCGUUUGUUGAGAUUAAGACUCCCAAGUUUACAAAGAAGGUUCAGAUCGACCCAUACCUGGAGGACUCCAUGUGUCAAGUUUGCCUCCGUCAGCCUGGACCUUUCUUCUGCAGAGACCAGGCCUGCUUCAAGUACUACUGCCGCUCCUGCUGGCACUGGCAGCACUCGAUGGACAUCUUGAGCAACCAUCGGCCCCUCAUGCGCAACCAGAAGAACAGGGACUCCAGCUAGAGCAGAGGGAUCUAGACACUCUGCAGGGUCAGAGGAGGAGCCUCUACAGAGCGAGGCUGCCCGCCGGCGAGAGCACGGGUGUCGGGCGUCCCUCGGUAUGGGGGCACUGUGGCACUCCACCAGGCACUGGGGUUUUCACUGUAGAAAAUGUUCACUUUUGCACUUGCUACUUUUUUGCUGUUCACAGUGGCACUAUGCACAGUGACCUUGUUGGGAAUAAACAAGGGGCCCUUCACACUAAAAGCAUUUUCUCAGACUUGUGGCCAGACAAAGUGAGAGUCAGCCUAACGUUAUGAGGUGGACGAAAAUGCCCUUUGUUUUGAUUAUUUUUGUUUAAAUGUGUUGCAUAGUGAAGAGCAAUCACGCAAGUCUCAUUGCCAUUCAUUGGCAAAUGCCAUACAGUGCCUUUAAAUUUUUAUUUUUUCCCCUCUUCCCUCCCCUUAUGCCAGUUGGCACCAGUUUUCCUGUACAAGCCAACUGGUUUCUUACUUUUGGGAGUUGAAUGUUGGGCUUCAUUUAACCAGUCGCAUUUCAGACAUUUUUACGCAGUUUUUUACUAAUUUGUACACAAACGGUUUUAAGUCAUAACAUGAAAAUUUUGAACAAUUAUAUAAGGUGGCUGUUGAUGGGAAACCCCCCUUUUUAUUUUUUCUUCAUACAUUUCAGUGGCUUUUUUUAUUUGCCUUUCCGUAUUUCAGCUGAAUGGGCACAAAAUGUUGGAUGUAAUACUUCUGCUCACUUUGAUCCAGUUAUUAAAUAUUCAUCAGUACUAGUGCGUCAAUUGGUAAUCCACUGCUUCUAGAGCACUCAAUAGAUCCCAUUUGAAACUGGAGUCAUUUGACUGUUUACUUUAUUCCCUUUCCCCCCACAUUUUAAUUUGCACGUGUGGAGAGGUGGCAGUGGUUUUUAAUCACUUUUGUACAUUGAUGGGGGACAUGCCUGUUAAACCUGCUGCUUGUUUCCUGUUUGAUGUAAGAACUUCCACUUAGCUGAUUAACUAUCCAGAACUUGAGUAGACCCCCCCCCCCCCCCCCUCUAUAAAUGAUCCCCUCAUUCUUAUGCCAUUUAACCUUCCUGUUCCAGUUGGAUGUAAAUGCAUACGUUGUGUGCCAAAGACGAGUGUCUUUCUUUAUUUGUUAGGUUUGUCAUGCUGAGCUUGUUGUCUUUUAGCCCAGCUGCUUUUUAGAGUUUUGAAAGUCUACCUCAUUGUGGUCUGCCAAGUUUGCUGCUACUUAAUUGUGGAGUAUGUUCAGAUUGGGCACAAUAAAGGUGUUUAAGCAUUAA